AUGGAGACGCCACAAAUGAAUGCUAUACAGGAGGAGGACAAUUUGUCCCCAGAAAUUGCUUUCCAAACUCCUAAAUUGAAUGAUUCCGAUGCUUCGUCAUUUUCAUUGUCCAAUAUGACUGCUGUUGGAAACCAAGACGGCGUUCCAUCACAAAACAGGGGACUCUUUGCAUCACCCAGGCCCAGUUCGCUAUUCUAUUCUGCCAAAGAAGGUAACAAUUCCAGUUCUAGUAUCAUUUACAACCCUUCCUUCACUUUUGGUGAGAACGCUUCUAGUAACAGUAAUGCUAAUGAAGCUGUUGUACUAAAGGGGAAAAGCAAUGAAAGUCGAAGGCAAUCACUCAAAUAUAUACCGGGAUCAAAGUUAGUGCCGCCUCCUCCUAGAACAAGAUCGCCAGUAAGAGGUAUUUCUCCGGACGCUGGCAACGGCAAAAGAUCAUCUAUAACCUUGGAUUCUCCUUUUAAUUUUACAGCAUCUACGUUACAACCGCAUCAGCAGACACCGCCCUCUUCAGCUGCAUCAAGGACUUCGUUCCGUAAGGGUCAUCGUUAUAAGCAUUCCUCUGUGUCCAUGAAUUUUUUCCAAGAACCUGAAGUAAAAAUCCCUUUAAACAUUGCUAAAUCACUUCCCAUUCCAGAUUUAAAUGAUUUAGUGUCAAAUUUACCAUGGCCGAAGGCUCACAUUCAGUUAUCUAUUGCUGCUUUACAGAUUUUGGCAUGCCUAAUCACUUUUCAAAUAGGGCACUUAUAUUCGUGGAGUAAUUUUAUCACACUAUCGCAUUUCAUUACUUACGAUAUUAUCGGGUCUUUAGUAAUCAUUUUUGUGGAGAAUCUGUCUCAAUUCCAGGUUUGGUUCACGGGCACAAUCACAUUUCCCUUCGGACUAAAUAGAAUAGACGUCCUACUAAGCUUUGCACUUGCCGUUUCAUUAUGCUUUGUAGGGCUAGACCUUUUAUUCCAUAUUAUUGAAGAACUCAUAGUUCUCUUUGUAGAAUCAGGUAACGCAUUGACAAAUAUCCACGAUCACGAUGAAAUUAACGAGCAAAUUCCCCAUUCCCAUGUUGCUAGUGCUAAUGAUUCCCAGAACGAAAAUAUUACUUUGUGGUAUGGUAUUCUUCUGAUCAAUCUCGUACUAUCGACAUUAUCACUUUAUAAGACGUUUUACGCUAACAAAUAUAGCAAUUUAAAGACGAAGAAUCCAAUAAUCACUAUCACUUACACAGCAUAUUUGUUCACUUAUCCCUUAUUAUUGGACUUUUUAUCAAGUAUAUCCGAUUAUCUGGCUACUUUGAUAAUUUCAAUUUUAAUUCUAUGGCAUGGGCUAACUAUAGCUCGGUGGACUUCAACGGUACUACUAAUGGGCUUUUCCACCACAUCUUUGUCCGAUUCAGCCUUAUUCAAUAACAAUUCCAGCGCUGAUGCGACUACCCAUACUCAACAGGUUGAGUCUAAAUCAAGUAAAGUAAAUCCACCUGUACGUCCAAGAUCAAUGAGCUCACUACCAAUAGCCACGAUGAAUACAAAGACGGUCAAAACAGCGUUCAUAAAUCCUACCACUUCCACUGAAAAUCCAACAACUAUAAAAAACAUGAUCAAGGACCAAAUCGAGAGAUUGAGUGAGUUCAAAUCCAGAUACAUUUUGAAUUACGAUGAUAUAGUAAUAAGCAAAGUGAAUUUCACGCUUUAUGUGGUAUUAAUUAAGAUAACCAUGAAAGGCGGAUCCAACGAUGACGAGCUGAUUUUAAGGUUAGCAAUCGAUAGGUGCAUUCAGACGAGCAUUCCAUCGUGUGAAACCACAAUAGAUAUAGACCGAAUAUAA